UUCCCGCACACGUCACCCGAAUUGAUACAUAUGGACACUCCAGGUCCAUGUUCAUGUGUGCUUGUAAAUUUUCUUGCCAAUUCUCGUAAUUCGCUUACUUUUGGCACUUACCUUUGCCCCAUCUGUACCAAAAAAGAAACUCUAACCUCCCUCCCUCCCUCCCUCCCUCCCUCUCUCUCUCUGUGCGCGAGCCCUCCCUUCCCCACGCAGGGCAAGUCUAAGGCUUAUAGUUGGUGAUGGAAGAGCUGAUUCUCUCUCCUCCCUCUUCAUCUCCUUCCCUAGUGUCCAACUCCAUGUCUCCCACCGCCGCUCCUCCUCCCAGCCUCGGCCUCACCCUCCAGCAGAGGCUUCAGCUUAUGGUGCAGAGCCAGCCCCAGUGCUGGGCUUAUGCCAUCUUCUGGCAACUCCUCGACCACGACGACGGUCGCCUCCUCCUCGCUUGGGGCGACGGCCACUUCCAAGGCUCCGCCAAGCUCGCUCCCGCCUCCCGCUCCGACCGCAGGAAGCUCCUCCAAUCCCUGCCUCGCGACCCCAGCAACGGUCGCCCAGUUGCUGCCGAUGCCGAUGUCCCCGCCCCCGCCGGAGACGUGACCGAUGCCGAGUGGUUCUACGUCAUGUCCUUGACGCGCUCUUUCUCGGCGGGAGAUGGUAUUCCCGGGAAGGCCCUGAGCACGGGGUCCUUGGUCUGGCUGACCGGCGCUCGCGAACUUGAGUUGUACAAGUGCGACCGGACCAAGGAGGCCGAGCUCCAUGGCAUCCGCACCCUGGUCUGCAUCCCGACCGGUGAUGGAGUCCUUGAAUUGGGUUCUUGCGAUGUCAUCCCUGAAAACUGGGGCCUUGUUCAGCGAGCCAAGUCUCUUUUCGGCUCCGAUCUGCUCCUUCCCAAGCACCCACCACCGCCUCCGUUCCAGCUCCACCAGGACCGUAGCGACAUUUCUUUCGCUGACAUUGGAAUAAUUGCGGGCGUUCAAGAGAAUGAUUUUGCUUCUCAGGAUGACCACCAGAAGAAGGUCAAGAAGAAGCAACUGCCGCUGGAAGGAACUGGUGGGAAGCCAGAGGCCCCGUUCGGUUCUUCCAGCUACCUGGUGGAGUCGGAGCACUCCGAUUCCGAUAGUCCUUUCAUGGCGGUGGUGAUGACCGAGAAGAGGACCCCAAAGAAGAGAGGCAGGAAGCCGGGCCUCGGUCGCGACACGCCUCUGAACCACGUGGAAGCCGAACGGCAGCGCCGUGAGAAGCUGAACCACCGCUUCUAUGCGCUGCGAGCGGUGGUCCCAAACGUGUCCAGGAUGGACAAGGCGUCCCUGCUCUCCGACGCAGUGUCCUACAUCAACGAGCUCAAGUCCAAGAUCGGCGACCUGGAGUCCCAGUUACAGAGAGAGUCCAAGAAGGUCAAACAGGAGGUCACCGACGCAACCGACAACCUGAGCACCACCACCUCCGUCGACCACAGUAGCCCGUCCGGAUGCGGCGGUUCUUUGCUCGAAGUGGAGGUUAAGAUCGUGGGGUGCGACGCCAUGAUAAGGGUCCAGUCGGAGAAUGCGAACUACCCGUCGGCUAGGUUGAUGGCGGCGAUGCGGGACCUGGAGCUCCACAUACACCACGCCAGCAUGUCGACAGUGAACGAACUCAUGCUCCAAGACGCGGUGGUUAGGGUUCCGGAGGGGCUCAAAGGCGAGGAAGAUCUCAGAGCUGCACUUCUUCGAGCACUAGAACUAUGACGGUCGUAGAAAUCGGAGAGAGAGAGUACGCAUUCUCUCAGUGUUGCUUCUCAAGAGCCCCGUUUAUUUAGUCGUUGUCCCUAUCCCGUGGUAUUUCAAAUAUGCUGGGUAAUGGGUGUGUACUUAUGUAAUGUACGUAGCUAUAGCCGGUAAGAAGAGAAGAUCAGCAGCUAGGCUUUGUGCAUUAGUGUAUCUUCUCAGUUCUUUUUUUCUUUUUCAUUUCCCCGUCUUCUUUUCCUUGAAGAGGAAACUAUGUUAUUAAAUAAUAUCAGCUCUUUGACCA